CGACGCGAGGGGCCGCGGCGACGACGGAAGGGACUCCCUCGUCGCGUCGCCGCGAAGACCGUCGCGCCGCGCGACGCUCGCGAGCGCGCUCGGCGUCUUCACGGGUGCGUCGUCGUCGUCGUCGUCGUCGUCGUCGUCGUCGCGUCGCGCGUCGUCGUCCGUCGCGUCGCGUCGCGUCGCGUCGCGUCGCGCGCUCGAGGGUCUAGGGUUCGGGUGCCCAGAUCGUCCGCCCGUCCGUCCGUCCGUCCGUCGUCCUGCUCAUGACCUUCCCCCCUCCCGCGCGAAAUCCUCGACGCAGGCGUCGCCGCCACCGGGUUCAGCGGUCCGUCCUCCGCGGGCGAGGUCUUGGACCAGCUCCAGAACUUCCUGAGCGACGCGGAGGCGGCGAUGGAGGCGGACCCGGAGAACGAGGCGCUCGUCGGCCAGAAGAACUUUUUCGAGAACCAGCUCGAGCGGACGCAGCUCAACGCGCAGUUCGUCGACCGCACGCGUCCGCGCGUGCGUUCCGGCGCGACCAACUACGCGCAGCGCAUCGUGUUAGAGGUGGACGAGAACCUGUGGGAGGACGAGAUCUAUUUCUGGAAAAACGCCAUGGGCAUGCGCGUUACGCGCGUCGACGAAGUCGCGGAGAAGAAGGAGGAGGGCGGCGGAAAACCGAAAGCCGCGUUUCUCGCGUUCGGCCAAGAGACGCUCGACGCGGACGACGGCGCGAAAGCGGGCGUGGAGAUCCGCGCUCGCGGCGGCGGUGGAAACGGCGCCCCCGGCGUCGUCGGCACCGGGCUCGCGUACGUGUCGCUGUCCGUGCCGUUCGGCGUCAGGGUCAGUCGGAUAUACGAAGCCGGAGGAGAGCUCGUGUAUGGAUUCGGGUAUUUCGACUGCAAGUCUCCGAGCGGCUACCGCGUCCGCGCGCGCGUCGCCGCGCGUCGAGACCCUCUCGAAUACGUCGCGAUCAACGUGAGAGACGUCCAAGCUUCGGAGCGAUACUACGCGAAGAGAUACGGCAUGGUGAGCAGCGCAGCUUUGGACGCGAACCCCUACGCGCCGAAAUCGCCGCCGGGGUCGAGGCUGCUCACGUUCGGAGAGCCGCGGGAGACGCUCGGGAUCCUGCUCCAGCCCGCGGCGGCGUCCUUCGACGACGUCGCGUCGGAGCUCGUGCUCGGCGACGUGUACAAGGGCGUGGUCAUCGUGACCGGCGGCGAAGGAGGCGCGAAGGGGAUACGGGAGGGGAACGAACGCGACGAGGACGGGUACGGCGUCGAGGUGAUGUCGUACGACGCGUUCGAGAGGGACGUCGCGGCGGGCGCCAGGGCGCUGCCGAUGGAGUACAACUUGCCGCCCGUCGUCAAGGAAGAGUGAUAGACUAUGACACGGUGUGGGUUUGUUUGGUGGUUGGUCUUUUGUGGAUCCAUACUGUAAGUAAACGACGCGUCGUGCCGGAGCGUACCGUGUGCUCGCGGCGCUCGCUCACGGCUCGCCGUCGUCCCACUCGUCCGGGAACUCGCCCUUCGCGAGCUCCCCUGCGUGGGUGA